AUGGCAGCUACAGGAAAAUGCUUCCUUGUUACUGGCCCUGCUGGUAUUGGUAAGACAACAUUGAUAGUAAGAGUACUUGAAACUCUCAAAAAUUCAAAUCCUAAUUUGAAAGUUCAAGGUUUUUAUACUCGUGAGAUUAGAGAAGGAACUGAGAGAGUUGGUUUUGAGGUUGUAACGCUUGAUGGACGUAAAGGGCUUCUUGCUUCCAACAAAAUCUCCAGCCCGCAGUCCCUUAGAUGGCCCACUGUGGGAAGAUACAGGGUAGAUGUUGCGUCCUUUGAGUCUUUGGCAUUGCCAGAAUUGCAGGUAAGGGAAGAUACUGAUCUCUUCAUCAUCGAUGAAAUCGGGAAGAUGGAGCUCUAUAGUUCCUCAUUCUUUCCAGCUGUACUAAAGGUCCUGCAAUCUAAUAUCCCUCUCUUGGCUACUAUCCCCAUUCCAAAAGCAGGCCGAGAUAUACCUGGAGUUGCGAGGGUGAAAAAUCAUCCAGGAGCAAGAAUUUUUACACUCGAUGCAAAUAACAGGGAUGCUAUGAGAGAAGUUAUAUGUUCCGCCUUAGCAGAUACGCUGCAAAAGCCUUAGAAGUCGCAGAGCAUAUUCUUCUAGCUAAUGUUUGUAAAUGCUCUUUCUGUUAAAACAAACUCGAAGCUGAUAGUAAAAU